GUACAGCAGCUAACAUGCAACUUGUCAAGCCGGGAAGGCUCACCUUGAAGCGCCGUUACGGUAUUGGGAUUGCUUGGACCAACGUGAAACAAUCCGCGAGGCGCGGAUACCUACUGCGCCUCUGCAAGAGUGCCAUGGGUGCAUUCAAGUUGUUCUGGGCGUUUUCUCUUUCCGUAACCGGUGACCAGACAGGCCCUGAAUUCGGUUUCAACUGACGUAACUGGCCGCGCUGUCUCUGGGGCGGAGCCCGCGGAAAGGCAGACUCGAAAACCGCUUCAUCGCAAUCCUCCUGUUGGUCAAUUGGGUACAAUACUUACAUACAGCAACCGAUCAACUGUGUGCAAUGUGCAUCUCUUGACCUGUUUCUCCUUCGUCUUCUCAACGUCCUCAAUUACAUGAUCGCCCCAAUGCUCGCUAACUACCUCAUGGAGAGUUCAAGACGCAUUCCUGGCGGUGACUCAGCUUCAAACUACUCAACAUGUCAAUAAGAAUAGCCCUGGACAACCCACCCGAGUUCUACACGAACCUGGACAUCAUCAAAGGCCAGGUGGUCUUGAACCUUAGCCGCCACGAGCAUGUUGGCGCCAUUAUUGUCAAGCUCGAGGGCGAGUCCAAGACGGCCCUCGGCGUCCCCACCGAAAACCCGGGCAUGGGCAUCUCCCGGGACCGCCAUCCGCACGGAGACACGCUCCACGAAAACCACAAAAUCCUCUACAAAGUGUCCCAGGUCUUCCCGGACGAAAAGCUGUCCCAAUCGCCCCCACCCUUCGUCCUCAACCCAGGCCAGCAUCGCUUCCCCUUCCAGUUCAAGUUCCCCUUUAAUAAUGCGUGUGGCAACGCGGAGGCUAUGGCGAAAAUCGGCGGUGUUAUGAACCCCGGAGGGUUUGGCUCAGGGACUGGCUUCUUAGGCUUAGGGGGCAUCCGUGUGAUGGAUGGAACCAGACAGCUGUUGUACUCGCACGUUACCAAGACACUACCUCCCAGCUUCACGGGUUUCCCGGGAGAGGCCGAAAUCCGCUAUUAUGUCAAGGUCACAGUGCAGCGGCCCGGCUUGUUCAAGGAGAAUUGGAGAUACCAGACCGGCCUCAAGUUCCUACCCAUCGAGCCCCCUCGGCCGCCAAAGACGAAUCAGGAGGCAUACGCCAGGCGGCCUUUCGCAUUCCAUCCCCGAAGUCCCAGUCCGGCGCCACAACCAAAAAAGCGAGGUUCUUUUUUCAGCAGUAGCAGACAUUCGAGCCCAGCUCAUUCACCUGUGGAUGGAACACAUAACCUCAUGCCGCCAGAUGGCGUGCCAUCCCAGACCGCCGCAUCAGCAUCGCCCCCCUCAGUCGAAAUAUCGGCUCGGCUUCCUCACCCAGCUAUUCUCACAUGUAACAAACCAAUUCCCCUCCGCAUUCUCGCCAAGAAGCUGGUGCCCUCUGCCGCUGAAGUGUACCUAAUCGCGCUGCAAAUCGACCUCAUUGGCAAGACCACUGUCCGCUGUCAAAAUCUGGCCAACACGGAAACCAGCCGCUGGGUCAUAAUGUCUCGCCAGGGUCUUUCAAUUCCUGUGUCUCAACCCCAAGACGCCGUUGGAACCGAGAUUGUCCUGCCAAACAGUUUAUGGAGUGACGUCCCAUUACCAAACACCGUCAUGCCGAGCUUUGUAACCUGCAAUCUAAGCCGCGACUACCAACUCGAAAUCAAGCUCGGCCUAUCCUGGGGCAAACCCACCACCCACAGCAACCCCAGCGUAUCCUUUCUAGGCCACAGGAGCAGGUCCAGAGUCGACCUUUCCGAGAUCCCCCAGGAGCUCCAUCUACCCCUGCACUUCAGCUCGGUAGAGGUCUUCUCAGGCAUGGAACCUCCUCCAGCACUAGUAGAAGCGAUACGGCAAGGCCGGGGUAAGGCCCGCCGGCCUGUCAAGCAGACGCAAUCAGAGGUACUAGGACAGCCGGGACAACCCUCACCUCGCCCUCCACAGCAGCAACAGCAACAACAACCACCACCGACCCUACCCCCUCGUCCGUCACCACAACAACUACAACAACAACAACAAACAUAUGACCCGCUCUAUCCACCCCAACUCCAGCCGGGGCAACAACAGCCCCCGUACGACGAUGCACCGCCCACGUACGAGGAGGCCAUGGCCGAGGAGAUGACGGGGCCCAUGUUCCCCCCUACGGCGAGGCCGGCUUAUAGUGGCGAGACUAACGAGAACUCGCCUGAUACGCUGCCUGAGAAGAGCUAAAUUGCGAAGUUCCGUAUGCGGCGUGUUUGGGAGGCUACGUCAGGAGGAAAUCCUUGGUAUUAUAUAAGAGAUAAAGCGGGCUACUACUAGUAGUAGCUUAGUAUUCGUUACUCACUAGCCGGGGAGUAUAGCUGGGGUUGGCUUUGUUCUACUUACUGUAUAUACAUAGAUAUCAAGGUAUCAAGGUCGGCGGACUACUGCACUUAGCAUUUACUUCAUCUUCAUGUUAGUUAUACCCACUAACUCGCUCUGUCAUAAUGGGUGAGCAGAAAUGAGUUCAUUCAGUUUCCGCUUUGCUAGGACUCUUCCCCUUCAGCAGCAGGUAUUGACUGGCAGGGUAUACAUUGCUUCACUUGGAUUGAAGCGAGAGCAUUGCUGUCUAUAUCUUCGAUUCAUUCGAUUCAUUCGAUUCAUUCGAUUCAUUCGAUUCAUUCAUGCACCUGACAA